UUUUGUUUAAUAUAUUUGACAGAUUUCCUGACUGUGAGGAUUUGUCCCCACCAAUACUUCAACUCGACGAGGCAAGUUUCUAGAUAUGAGUGAAAAUUUUAAAGCCUGAUUUCCAGGCAUUUUUUUGCGUCUUUUCCAGUUGACGUGAACAAAUAACAAGUCAUGUUUGAAGACUGCAUACAUAAGUCAUCAUCAUUGUCAUCAUCAUUAUCAUCAUCAUAUCAUUAUUAUGAUUAUCAUCACCAUCAUCAUUAUUAUUGUCAUCAUCCUCAAUUUGUCCAUUGAGAAGCAUUUAUUCGCUUGAAGCUCUAGUGUGAAUUCAAUUUAUCGAACAACGGUUCUAAAUCACUUUUCACCAUCAUCAUCUUUCUCAGUUGUUCUUCAUCAACAUCAAACACGGAAGCUAUCUUUCGUGGUCUCACAGAAUAAAAUUGUUUUUGGUGGUUGUCAUUGGCUGAUCUCAUUACAACAUCAUUUCAACAGUAUUUAUAUGCCCAGAAUCUACUCGAAUGUAUGCCUGUAAAACUUGAUUCUUGUUUUCAAGAUUUUCAUUUCCCUCCCCCCUCUUUAGGUUGAGGGGUUAGAUGGGUUAGAUGCCUCGGGUAGGAGAGGUUAGAAUUGGGGAGGGGGGGAGGGUCAGGUUAUCAAUGUGUCUAUUAUAGAUACAAAGUGAGCAUAUGAUGAUACACAUCAUACAAAUGAAUUGAAGAGGAUGUAUUGGAAUGGAACCGAUAAUAUGGCAUGCAUAUAUCUGUAGUUACUGAGAUGUUUGCUCAUCUAGCUGUUUCAUUAACAUAUAACUAGAAAUUGAUUUCUUAAUGUUUCAGGUGUCAUUCCAUUACACGAAAGACAAAGUUAUAUUUGAGAAAGUGUGUAUGUCUGCAACCAUGCAAUCAAGAAUCGCAGUUGUAAGUUUGCUUGUGAAUAUUUUCAUCCUUUGUGUAGGUUUUAAUGUAAAUCCUGUAAAAACGUUUUGUGUACCUAAUUUUUAUUUCCUAUUUCCUAUCAAGUUGCAAAAUGAUAAGGCGAUUUAAGAAAAAUUCCUGAAAUUAAAGUAAAGUGUUUGAGUCAGUUUCAUUACAAAAGAUAAAACCACAUCAUCAGAAAUUCAGGGAUUAAGAAAAUCAUCGACCGUGCAUGUUUCACGGCUAAGCAAAAAAUCACGCUUGAAACGAAAAAUAUAGGGGCCUGCCAUGCAAGACAUCAACAAGCAAGCAGAAAGGCAAACAUGCCAGCAACGAAACAGACUUGUGAACGAAUCAUUGCAAUGUUGGCCGCGUGGUAUAAGUGUAUCUUGAGUGUAUAUGACUAUAUAAUCAUUAAUAGUUUUGUUUGUGGAAACACCACGUACAUUUAUAUAAAUAAAAUAAUUAUAAUAAAUAUAUAAUAUAAUAAAUAAUGAUAAUAAUAAUUUAUAUAAUAAUUUUUUUUUAUAUAAAUUUACGUGGUGUUUCCACAAACAAAACUAUUAUAUUUUAUCACGAUGCAAACAUACAAAGAACUUAUAUAUAAUCAUUGUUAAUGUCAUAACAAGAAAUUUGAAACUGGUUUGACUCCUUCAUCUCAGGUCGGAGAGAACGGAGCUGGUAAAACGACGUUAUUAAAAAUAUUACUUGGAGAUCUGGAACCAGUUAAAGGACUUCGACAUAUGCAUAGGUGAGUUAUCUUAGAUAGAAGAUAAUUCGUUCAUUCAAUACAAAAACACUUUGCAGUCAAAGACUGCAUGAAUUACGUGAAUAUAUUUACAAUCAGUGAUACCUUCCGUCCAUUUAGAAUGUUGGAGAAAUCCUACAAUAUUAAAGUCUUGAAAUAUAUAAAUUAAUCUAUCAAAUAAGAUAAGAAAUAAAUUACAACUAGGUUUAUAUAUAUAGUUUAAAAGCUUUACAUACUUGAGCUAUGGUUAAUGAUAAACGAGUUUUUUAAACGAUCCGUCUUACAAACAGGCACAUUAAAAGUUUUUGCAUGCAUUCCUCAAGUCUCUAUGGUGAACUGCUUGAGGUGGAAGUAGGCCAGCAAGCUUAUGACCUUAUUGUUAACAGUGUCCUUGAAUGGAUCACAUGAUAGCCUGUCACGUCUGUCGGAGAGGGAAUACCCAACUCUUUAAGCGCACCACUAUAAUUUAGAUCUGGAAAGACAGUGCGCAUGGCGUGCUUUUGACUACGUCUGACAAGUAAUUAGGAAGACUUCGAUGGAACGACUGACACGAAUGUUCUAUAGGACUGAUCUAAUAAUGCUACAAUAAAAAAAUUAUAAUCUUGUGCCAUCGCCUAAUUGAUAAUAGGUUUUCUCCAAGCAAUCUGGUUUUCUUGUUUAUAAUAACAAUACACCGUUCAGCGGUACAGGAAUAAUGGGUCACUAAGGAAACAGUUGAAAAAAUAAUAAAUUGGGCGAAAAGUUACUUUAACUUAGUUUGGAUCAUAUAGUGUAUAAUAUGUAAUGUAUUUUUUCUUCGUUUUACAGAAAUUUGAAAUUGGGAUAUUUCAGCCAGCAUCACGUGGAUCAGUUGAGCAUGAAUACGAAUUCUGUGCAAUUAUUGCAGUUAAGAUUUCCAGGUAAUUAUACAAUUGCCGUCAAAUGGUACCGAAAUUUUUACUUCCCCGUGCACGCAACAUAAUCUAAAAAUAAUCCACCUCAGUACAAAUCCCACCAUGAUCAAGCAGUUUUCUACUUGCUUGGUGUGGACAUCAUUUGGAGGGCAUCAAUCCAUAUAUAUGUAAUCUACCGGAGCAUAUAUAAAUCCCACCAUGAUCAAGCAAGCUUCUUGUUGUCUAGUCUGGACAUCACUAAUUGGAGAAUAUCGUUAAAUUUAUUAAAUUCUGGUGCAGUUAUCACAGGGUUCGUACAGGUCCUGGAAAACCUGGAAAGUCAUCGAAUUUCAAUAUUCCAAAAUCCAGGCCUGGAAAUCCUGGAAAAUCAAUUUUAGUCAUGGAAAGUCAUGGAAAAUUGAAAUUUACAAAACAUCAAAUUUCAAUUUACCAGUCAUAACAAUAAUAUGAAUUGUUGUUAUACCGUGUAUAACGGAUUUUUGCAAGAACGAAGUGAAUUUUGUUCUUUUAUUAUAUCUGUUAUCGUUAAAAUAUUAACGAAUUUCAGAAAUUCCAGAUUUCCAGGUCAUAGAUUUUGAAAAAAUGGUCAUGGGAAGUCAUGGAAUUUUAAAUGGGAGAAGGUGUACGAACCCUGUUAUCAGUUCAUAAAACCAUAGUGUUAUUCUUUAAAUCGAUGUCAAAAUACGAAAUUUCAGCAGAUGCAUGCACUUCUUGCUAAGAUGGCGGAAUUUGAAGCCGUUCAUGGACGUCAUUUCCAGUCCCUUUCUAUUGUUUUUUUUGCGCGGUUAACACGAAGCUGGCUUCACGUUUUGGACUCCUGAUAUAUGGAGCUCAAUGGUGCAGCUAGGGUUGAAACCGUUGACAAACUUUCAUGCUUUUCAUAACUUUCAAUCCCUCGGUACGUAACACUUUGUUUUUCCAGUAAAAGAUUAAACAGUUAAAUGUAGAAUUCAUCGAGGCUAUGGUUUUAGCCCAGAUCAUGGCAAGGUUUGCCAUAUCCAACGUAUGUGUCUCUGUCGAGCUUAUUCUUAGGCCAAUGUAGACACACGAUGGAAUGGAUAGCACCACAACACAAGCGACGGCUAGCAGACAACUCGAUAUAUUUUUCAAAGAAAACCUCUUCUUCAUAACGGGUGCAAUUCUUCUAUUUCCACGACUUUUCCUGACGACUAGAAACAGUUUGUAGUUGAUAAAUAACAUUGCAGGAAUGAAAAAAACAAAAAAAAUUACAGCAUGCACUUGCAUGGGCAAAACAAAGAUAUUUACAGAUAUCACUCCCAAAAUUCCUUCGACGAUGAUCAGUAUUGCAAGAAGAGUUAAAAGUCUUCCCUUCGUUACCGAUGUUCGAUGAAAGAUGGGAUAAGAUGUCGCCAAAUAUCGAUCAAAAUUCAUCACCAAAAGAGCGAGUAAAGAAAAAGUAAGGAAGCUUUUUGUCGAUUUUAUGGAAAUAUGAGCCCAUCUAGCAUUGACAUCCAACUUUUUAGUCAACCAUAAUAUAGCGAUAACGGCUUGCAACGGACUAUUUGUUAUUACCGCGAGCAAAUCGCAACAAGAUAAAACCAUUAUCAUGAAAUAACAUAAUUUCUUUCGAAGUUGUACAGACCUCCAGAAACUGAUUAUGACCAAGGAAUUUAAACAUAUUCCUGAGAAAAAGAAGCAUACGUUCACAGCAAAUAUGAAUAUCAAAUUGAUAAAAUAAUUUAAUUCCAUCUUCGAGCGACUUCUUCUGAAGAAUACUAGAAUAGAACAUAAAAAUAACGCAGUUGUGUUUUUGAAGUAUGACAUCUGCCUCGUAAAUUAACAUGUCUGACUAAAGUGUGUAUAUAUAAAUGACAUAAUAAGUACUAUACAUUUCAUUAUCAUAAUAUGAUCAUAUGAAGAAAAGACAAUAUGCCGGCCCUUAUUGACCUCUACUCUAGGAAGAACAUGCAGUUUACAACUGAUAGACCUAUCCAGUGUAAAUGAAGUUAGCUUAGUAGUAUAUGUUUCCUCCUGUAUCAACACUGGGUCAAUCAGAGAUGAUUCUUACUGGACCUCUAUAGGAAGAACAGUUUAGAACUCAUAGAAUUAUAUCUAUCCACCAUAAAUAAAGUUAGAGCUUAAUUUAGAUUUGCUGCUGUUGUUGAUGAAAACAAACUUUCAUUUAUAUGUCUCACCCUUCGCUUAAGUUGUUUUACAAAAUUGCAAACUAAUGACUAUGCCAUGCACAGGUGUUUAACUCUAUGUUUUUACAAAUUAGUUGCCUCUGGUGGUCUUUGUGUCUCAGCAUAUAGACAGCUAAAUCUUUAGAUUUUAAACAACGCUUUAUGACAUGGGUUUUCAACUUGGGGGACAUGUCCCCGAGAGGGGACAUUUGGCAAAUUCCUAGGGGACACAAACUGGUCUCGGACUGAGAAAACAAUAGUUGAAUACAAUAGUUGAAUACAAUAGUUUGUACUAUAAACAUGUUUGCUUGACUUUCUAUCUAUUAUUUAAAAUUUAAAUCAUUUACUAUUUUACUAACUAUUUCGAAAUUCGUGUUUUUGAUAGACUUCAGUGGGCAAUUUCUGUUCAGGGAACGUGGUAAUUCAAUCAUGUGAAAUCGGGGACACAUGAGAAAACCAGUUGAAAACCGUUGCUUUAUGUGAUAAUUGGUAGCAAAGGAUGAAUUUUUUUGUUAGAUUCACCGCAUUGUAUUUGUAGGACAUAAUCAUAUAAAAUAUGCUAAAUGUCACGGUAUUUGCCGACAGAACAAAUAACAGAAAAUGAGAAGAGACUACAGGAGAAAAAGUGGGAUGGGUUGUGCAUUUUAAGUGUAAUAACCAGUCCUAGCCUUUCAUUGUUUUAAUAUAUUUGUGUUAUUAAUGACCAAGAACAAGAACAAGGCUUAACAUUCUUUUUAAAAACAGUGUUUCGGAUCAGUUCACUCAGGUUAAAAGACUACAUACAGCAUAUUGUCUAAACAGCUUGCGUUUUAAUAUUGCUUGGGUUAAAAUUUGAAAAACAAACUUUCAUUCACAUGUCUCGCCCUGCUCUUAAGUUGUUUUCCAAAAGUGCAAACUAAUAAUUAUACUGAAACAGGUGUGUUUAACUUUAUAUGUUUUAUUCAUAGACCUAGAUAUGUACUUUGUAUAACUUUAGAUAUAACAUCUUUAUAUACGGCAAAAUAUUAAUUUAGAAAAACCCGCAAUAUUUAAGACCAUGUUACACGAAGCAAUUUUUGCUGCAAGUUGUAACUCAAUUUUGGGCACCGAGCACCGUUUGUUGCUACGCAACGGCCACGGUGAUAUACGACUUCAUAGAAAUAAUGUAUACAGAAUGCAUAUAAACUCCUAUCUUUUCUCAGUCAAGAUUUUGUCUCCACAAGAUGGCGGAUUUGCAAUUUGGCUCGCCCCAGAUUCGCAUGAUUGCAGGAUUUUUCAACAAAGUUUGCAAAACAUAUUUAAUAUCGAGACUUAAAUAGAGAAUAAUACAUGGGUGCGCGGAAAUACCAGAUUUAUUUCGAGUGUUGAACAUGAUAUCUCACGAGUGAGCGCAGCGAACGAGCGAGAUAUCAUGUAUUCAACACGAGUUCAAUAUCAUGUUUACGUGUGUUUAAAUACGAUUUUUCUCAGUGGCCAAAAACUGUAUAUAACACUUAUGUUUAUAUAAUAAAAUGGAUUAUAAAGGUGAUAAACGGUUUUGAAGAACCCAUUUAAUAGAGAACAUCACCAAAUGCAUGAAAAUACAUAUAUCAUGCAUGCUCUGAAAUAUAUAUCCAUGCUCUGCACAUUAUGCGUGUAGUUCAUAACGUAAACUUAAGUAAUAUGUAUUUGUAUUUCCAGGAAAACCUGAGGAAGAAUAUCGCAGGCAACUCGGUUCAUUUGGUGUUUCUGGUGAACUCGCAUUACGACCUAUAGACAGUCUGUCUGGAGGUCAGAAAAGUCGUGUUGCUUUUGCUAUCCUGGGGAUGUUGAGGUAUGGUACGAAAAACACUACAUCAUGCAGAGAGAGUUUUUGUUACUCAGUUUUUAAUUAUGUAACUUUCUUUGUACAUUCCGUAUGUUGCAGUUUAUAUGCACUCGUGUAUGCGUAUGUGAAUAUCUUGUUUUUAUUUUUAUUUCAGACCGAAUUUUCUUAUACUGGAUGAACCCACGAAUCAUUUGGAUAUGGAAACGAUUGAAGCCUUGGGGAAAUCACUUUUGAAAUUUCAGGUAUACGAAUAUAUUAUUUUUUAGAGUCGUGAUCUCUAUAAUGUUUGCGCCCGUUAACUUUGUUGAAAUCGUCCGGUUCCAGGACUUUCCAAGUCCUUGAAAAUCAGUAGAAGUCUUUGAAAGUCCUGGAAUUAAUUUCCCUAAUUACCUCGAACUGUGCCAACAUUAGUGAUUUUGAUUGAAAUUACUGAAUAAAGUGAAUUAUUUACAGAAAAUCCCUGCCAUUUUCAAAGAUUUUUCCCAGUUCUAAUGUAUAGGUCCUUGAAUUUACUGAAAAAGGGCCUUGAUAGUCCUGGAAAAGGUCUUGAAUUUCACCUUCGCCAAAGGGUGAACACCCUGUUUAUCACGUACAGAGUGUCCCAAAAAAAGGUGAUACUAUAUAGAAAUUGUCCUAUUAUAAUUUGAAUGCCUAAGCACUAUGCUCAAUACAAGAGUGCGUAAACACAAUUAAAUUGAAUUUUUUAUUACCAGGCGCAAGAAAUCCUGUGGCCAACAACAAUAGGAUAAUUUCUAUAGCGUCACUUUUUUGGGGACACCCUGUAUAAAACCAUGGAUAAUAAAAUAAAUGGAUAGGAAACUAGCUGACGUGCAUGACCUAAUGUUUUCAAUGGGCUGAUGGCGUGAUUGGAUGUUGAAACCUAGUUGCAAACCAAAUUCUCAAAAACGGCAUGUUUAGCAAUAAUACAGCUAAACAUUUUAGUCAAAGAGCAAAUGAAUAUAACUACGCCAUUCUACGAUGAAAUCUCUAAGUAUUCCCAGUCAAUUUUAGCAAAUAUUUCAAGCACUAAACAGUGAAAAAGACAUCCCAAAUUUCAUUAAAAUUGGGGACGCCAAUUUCGUAGCUACAAAUGUAAAAAAAUACAAAACAAAGACGAAAAACAUUUACCUUGAAUACUUUGUCGUGGCUUAGGCAUGUUUUUAAAACAAUUAGACCGGUUUAUUCUUCAAUAUUGCUCUUUUAAGGCGGAAAAUAUAGCGAAACAACAAAAAUGCAGAGAACUUUGCAAUACGCGUGACGUCACAGAUUGCAAUUAGGUUGUUUUGCUUACGUCAGCGAGAGUCCUAUCCAUUUAUUUUAUUAUUCAUGAUAAAACCAUCCACAUGGUAGUGAUUUCCUUCGUCUUUUCCUCGUGAAUUAUUAAUGAGUUUUUCAAUGCUUUUUCCCCCAUAGGGUGGCGUUAUCUUGGUAUCCCACGACGAAAGAUUAGUACGAACUGUUUGUAAUGAAAUUUGGGUUUGUGGACAGAGAAAUAUACGUUCUAUCGAAGGAGGAUUUUCUGAAUAUAGACGUAUUUUAGAAGAUGAAUUUAAAAGAUUGUAAAUUUCGGAAAUUAAUGCAAAGAAAUUUAUAUGUAAUUAAUUUUUUUGCUGCCUGUUUUGUUUGCGUUACAGCCGUUUUGAGCAUUCCCAAAUUCGAAGAAAUGACAAGCAGUUGCCUAUUGUCUCCACUUUACCACUGGAAAAAAGACCAACACAUAAAGACCAAUAGCCUCCUGCGCAGACGUUGUUAGUGGCCGAGGCCAUAAAAGACCAACCGCUUUAUUUUUUGUCCAAUUUUGCCCAUUCUUUUAGAUUUUGAAACAAGAUUGUUUUCUUUAUGUCCGAUUUCUGCCUCUUAAUUAGUUUUUGGAAAGGUGGUCAAAAUUGGCAAAAAGUAAAGCCUAACCCCUUUACUUUUUUCCAGUUUUGGCUUUUUGUUUUUGAAAAAGUGGCCAAAAUGGCGAAAAAGUAAAGCGUACCCCGUUUAGUUUUUGGGCAUUUUUGGAUACUUUUUAGCUUUCAAAAAAGUGGCAAAAUUAUAAAGGUUACAAGCAUUUACUUUUUGUCCAACUUGGGCGACUA